CUCCACAACCCAAACCAGACUCCCCCAAGAUAACGAAAAUGCAAACGAGUCCUCAUCAAAUCUUGUGCCGAUCCAUCAAAUUCAGAUUCAUAUAGAACUAGAUCUCAGACACACACUAAUAAGGUUUGACAACAAUGGCUCGGAUCUUUGAGUACUUUGUGGUGUGUGGGAUCGGUCCGGAGAUUCGAACCCUGGACGGGAACAAGGGCUUUCAUGGAGCCGGCGUCUUCUACCUACCAUUUCUGGUCGACCAGUACCCUCCGCUCAACCACUCUCUCUACCCUCCUCUGCCUCCUCAGCUCUCCACCUGUGUUCUACCAGCUGGAGUGGAGUUUUACUCAUCGGGCUUUGACGCCAAUGAUGCUUCAACUUUUCCGAGGAGCUAUCCGAUCGUUUUAACCGAGGGUGACGGGUCAAAAAUAUAUGUUAGUUGCAUUGCUUUUCGGGAUCCAGUCAGUGAAGACAUUGCUGAAGCUUACCAUAUACCAGCAAAUUCUUUUGCUGACAAAUGUAUCUGUUUUGUUUCGCGCUUGCCCAGUUUCCAUGUCCUCAGAAAUGCUCUUGAGGAGCUAUAUGCACUUUGCUUUUCCCCAAAUGGGAGUAGCAAGCCAUUAUGGGAUGUUAUAGCACAUGUAGUGUCAAAUGUACCUUUGCCUACCCCUGGAAAGCAUCGAGUUUUAUUUGCUAUAGAGAAUUGUCUGCUUUCUGUGGAGGCUCCUCCUAAAGAUGGUCUUCCCCAUGGUGAUAUAUCAUUUCAGCCACUAGUGCAGUGCUUGGAUGUUGACAACUUAAUUAAACUUUUUACAGCUGUGUUGCUUGAGAGGAGGAUUUUGCUACGAUCAAACAAGUAUUCGCUUUUAACUCUUGUAUCAGAGGCCAUAUGUCAUUUAAUUUAUCCAUUUCGGUGGCAGCAUGUCUACAUUCCAUUACUAUUUUUCAGUGGAGUAGACUAUAUUGAUGCUCCUACGCCAUAUAUGAUGGGUCUUCAUUCAGGUGUUGAUACGUCUGCUCUGACAAUGGAUGGCGUAGUUGUGGUAGACCUUGAGUACAAUCGUAUCACCACAACAGAGGAGAUUCCCCCUAUUCCAGAGCCAGAAUUAAGCUCUUUGCGUGGCGAGAUUGUGAAGUUAUUAUAUCCAAAUGUUGUGGGGAUAGAUCAGAUGAAGAGUGUUAUAUGUAAUUCAUUUGAGCAAUCACCUAUCUGUGGCAAAAAGCCUUGGGGAGAGGAUCAUGACCUUCAACUUAGGUUAAUAUUCCUAAAGUUCUUUGCUUCACUUUUAAGUGGCUACCGCAAUUUCAUUGAAAAUACAGCAAGUCAUGUCUUCAACACUCAAGCAUUUCUAAAGAAGCGCUCUCGGUCAACUAACCAACCACCUGAGCCCAUGAUAAUACAGUUUCUAGACUCUAAUGGUUUCUUGGAUUAUGUGGAGAGAGGUCUGGGUUCUGGGGAAAAUAAUCAUAAUCUCCUUGACAAGUUACAAGAUGCAAUUGGGAGGGGUCAAAAUCCUAUUUCAAUACUUCCCUCAUCUUUAGUAGAGCCUGAGAUAAUAACAAUAUCAGAUCCUGAUGUUGGACUAUCAGGAUCAGGUGCCAAAUAUACUUAUGACAGGUUUCCUUCAAACAUUAGACCAGAAGACCAGGAAGAAAAGAGAAGGCAGAUUCUUGCAGCAGCAAGUGGAGCUUUUCCAUACUCUGGAAAGCAUAUUCCUAGUUCACCUUCUAUGCUAGCGGGUAUGGAUUCCAAAGCAGCAAGCCUCAGUCCAAUGGAGAGGGCUGCAGAAAGGGAGCGCAUGGUUUUGGACAUAAAAGUUAAGCUGCAGGGUUUGUGGCUGCGUCUUUUGAAAUUGGGAGCAACUGAUGAUCCUCUUUCGUCUUUUGAAUAUGGCACAAUUCUUGCUUUGAUUGAAUCUGAUGCAGAGGGGAUUGGUGGUAGUGGGUUUGUUGAAUGUAUAAGGGAGCAUAUACAUUCAGGGUGGGACUGUCAAUUGACUGAGGAGCAGUUUAUUGCAGUGAAAGAAUUACUCAAAACAGCAAUUACUCGUGCAACAUCUCGGAAUGAUGUGUUGACUGUCAGAGAUGCCCUUGAAGUUUCUGCUGAAAUGUAUAAGAAAGAUGCUAAUAAUGUUUUGGACUACAUCCAACGCCAUCUUAUAUCUCUGUCAAUUUGGGAGGAGUUACGGUUCUGGGAAGGAUACUUUGACUAUCUAAUGGAGAGGUCUUCAAGCAAUUCGGCGAAUUAUGCAUCUUUGGUGACAGCACAGCUAAUUCUGGUGGCAUCACACAUGGCUGGCUUGGGACUUCCUGAUACUGAUGCUUGGUACAUGAUUGAAACAAUAGCAGAGAAGAACAGCAUUGGCUAUAAGCAGUUUAUAAAACUCAGAGGAUUCUUGUCACAUAUCCAGCAACUACGUGUUGCUUACUGGGGAAUCACUUCUAUAAAGACCCAAUCUAUAUCGUCUUUUGGAUUACUAUCCCCACGUUCAAAAGACGGUACAGAUGAGAAUCAGCUACCUGCCGAGGCUUCUGGUGUUGGAAGGAGCUGGGUUCAGAGCAUGUUCAGCAGGGAUACAGCAUCCAGAUCAAACUCUUUUAGUCGUGUUCGCAGAUGGGCUUCUGAUGGUGGCAAUUCUGCCACAAAUGAGAAUGGGACUCCUCGCAAACAAGAUUUAUCAGCUGCUGGGCAGAAGAAAAUUCAAACCAAUGUUCGCAUACUUAGGGGUCAUAGUGGUGCCGUUACUGCUCUACAUUGUGUGACAAGAAGAGAGGUGUGGGAUCUGGUGGGUGACCGUGAAGAUGCAGGUUUCUUUAUAAGUGGAAGCACAGACUGCUCAGUUAAGAUCUGGGAUCCUAGUCUUCGUGGUUCUGAACUUCGGGCAACUCUGAAGGGACAUACAAGAACCGUCCGUGCAAUCAGUUCUGAUCGAGGAAAGGUGGUAUCAGGGUCAGAUGAUCAGUCUGUUUUAGUAUGGGACAAACAAACAACUCAGCUUCUAGAGGAGCUAAAAGGCCAUGAUGGACAGGUUAGUUGUGUGCGCAUGCUGUCUGGUGAACGUGUCCUCACUGCUGCCCAUGAUGGUUCUGUAAAGAUGUGGGAUGUUAGAACUGAUAUGUGUGUGGCAACAGUAGGUCGUUGUUCUAGUGCAGUUCUAUGCAUGGAGUACGAUGAUUCAACGGGAAUCUUGGCUGCUGCUGGCAGAGAUGCGGUUGCCAAUAUCUGGGACAUCCGAGCAGGUAGGCAGAUGCACAAGCUGUUAGGGCACACAAAAUGGAUUCGGUCGAUUAGAAUGGUUGGGGAUACUUUAAUCACUGGUAGUGAUGAUUGGACAGCAAGAACGUGGUCUGUUUCCCGCGGAACAUGUGAUGCUGUUCUAGCAUGCCAUGCUGGUCCAAUAUUAUGUGUGGAGUAUUCUCCGUUGGACAGAGGAAUUAUAACAGGUUCAACUGAUGGGCUGCUGCGGUUUUGGGAAAAUGAGGAGGGCAGUAUAAGAUGCACGAAGAAUGUUACCAUUCAUACUGCUGCUAUAUUAUCUAUCAGUGCUGGGGAACACUGGUUAGGCAUUGGAGCAGCUGAUAAUUCUAUGUCUCUUUUUCAUCGACCUCAAGAGAGACUUGGUAGCUUCUCUAGCACAGGUUCAAAAAUGGCCACGUGGCAACUCUACCGAACACCACCAAGGACAGUUGCUGUGGUAAGAUGUGUGGCUUCGGACCUUGAGAGGAAGAGGAUAUGCAGUGGUGGUCGUAAUGGACUUCUUAGGCUGUGGGAAGCCACUAUCAACAUUUAAGUUUUUGUUGUAUUUCGUGUAUAUCUGUUGUGUAAUUGAAAAGGUCACCAGCCAAAUGUGGUUUUUGCUUGGCUUUUCUUUAUGGGUAUCUUUCGAUUUGCUUCUUUGUGAUAUAUAAGUCGGCUAAAUCCGAGUUUUGCGUUCUGUUUGAAUUUGUUUGAUUCAUCACUGUAUACAUAUGCAAGUCUGUAUUUCAAUAGACAAACUUCAACAGUGGAAAGAAUAUUAGUGUACUCAAGAUAUUGUGCAUCAUAUAAUAGAAGACUGUCUUGUUUAAUUUA